CGGAGAGGCCGGAAUCCAGGACCGGUCCCGUCGCGCCCUGGCCGUGCAGGCUUCGUGUAGCCGUGCCUCCCGCCCCCGCGCCGCCACCUUAUAUGUUGCCCGCCGCGUCCUCCGGGGCAUGGAGCGUGGCGCCCAGCCUCGGCGAUGGCGACGGCGACGGCGGUGGCUGAGGAGCGCCUGCUGUCCGCGCUCGUCUACCUGCAGUGCGCCGCUGGCUGCCUGAUCCUCGGGGUGAACCAGCAGAGGAACUCGCCGUACGGCCGCCAGGCGACACCCAGGUGCAGGCUCCGGGUGCCGGCACGGGUCGCCUGGGCCGUGCAGGAGCUGCCCUCGCUGGCCCUGCCGCUCUACCAGUGCGCCAGCGAGUCCGCACCGCGCCUCCGCGACGCGCCCAACUGCAUCCUCCUGGCCAUGUUCCUCGUCCACUACGUACAACGGUCCUUAAUUUACCCAUUUCUGAUUCGAGGAGGAACGCCUAUGCCACUGUUUUCAUGUAUACUGGCAACUAUGUUCUGUACCGGUAACGGCUAUUUGCAAAGCAGAUACUUAAGCCAUUGUGCAGUGUAUGCUGAUGACUGGUUAAGGGAUCCCCGUUUCCUAAUGGGUUUUGGCUUGUGGUUAAUGGGCAUGUUGAUAAACAUCCAUUCAGAUCAUAUCCUAAGGAAUCUCAGAAAACCAGGAGACACUGGAUACAAAAUACCAAGGGUAUUUUCUCAGCUCUGCAGACACAGUGCCCAAUUAGAACCCCUGGCGCAGACCACACCAGGCCUCUCUAGAACACACUUGAGUGGCACAAAGCUACAGCCUAAGGGAGGCUUAUUCGAAUACGUAACUGCGGCCAACUAUUUUGGAGAAAUCGUGGAGUGGGGGGGCUACGCUCUGGCCAGCUGGUCCGUUGAAGGCGCGGCUUUUGCUUUCUUCACAUUUUGCUUUUUAUGUGGUAGAGCAAAAGGGCAUCAUCAGUGGUACCUCCAGAACUUCGAAGAGUAUCCAAAGUUCAGAAAAAUUCUAAUUCCAUUUUUGUUUUAAGUGCAUUUUCAAUGAAAUUAUUGUCAACUUGAAGCUUUUCAAUGCAUUUAUCUAGGGACUUUAUAACUAAGUCACAUCUUUGAAAUUUUCCUGCUAAUUCAUCAUUUUCAAGAUGUCCUCUAGGAAUUUUUUCCUAGUAGUUUUGCAAGCUAUCUAAAAAGUAGCUAAAUAAGCUGAAACGGGGCCGGGUGCAGUGGCUCACGCCUCUAAUCCCAGCACUUUGGGAGGCCGAGGCGGGUGGAUCACAAGGUCAGGAGUUCAAGACCAGCCUG